GCCUCAGAAAGAUGGCGUCCUCGGAGCAGGCAGAGCAGCCGAGCCAGCCCAGCUCUACUCCAGGGAGUGAGAAUGCGAUGUCCCGGGAGCCACUGAUUGCCACAGCAGUGAAGUUUCUACAGAAUUCCCGCGUCCGCCAGAGCCCGCUCGUGACCAGGAGAGCAUUCCUUAAGAAGAAAGGGCUGACAGAUGAAGAGAUCGACGUGGCGUUCCAGCAGUCGGGCACGGCAGCGGAGGAGCCUCCGUCCUUGGGCCCCGCCACACAGGUGGUUCCCGUCCAGCCCCCUCACCUCAUUUCUCAGCCAUACAGCCCCGCGGGUUCCCGAUGGAGAGAUUACAGUGCCUUGGCCAUCAUCAUGGCGGGAAUUGCAUUCGGCUUUCACCAGCUCUACAAGAAGUACCUGCUCCCCCUCAUCGCGGGCGGCCGGGAGGACAGGAAGCAACUGGAGAGGAUGGAGGCGAGCCUCUCGGAGCUGAGCGGCAGCGUGGCACAGACAGUGACUCAGUUACAGGGGACACUCGCCUCCGUCCAGGAGCUGCUGAUUCAGCAGCAGCAGAAAGUCCAGGAGCUUGCCCAUGAACUGGCCACAGCCAAGGCCACCACAUCCACCAACUGGAUCCUGGAGUCCCAGAACAUCAAUGAGCUCAAGUCGGAAAUCAGCUCCCUGAAAGGGCUUCUGUUGAACCGGAGGCAGUUCCCACCCUCCCCGUCUGCCCCGAAGAUCCCCUCCUGGCAGAUCCCAGUCAAGUCGCCCUCGCCCUCCAGCCCGGCGGCGGUGAACCACCACAGCAGCAGUGACAUCUCGCCCGUCAGCAACGAGUCGGCGGCGUCCUCGCCCGUGAAGGAGGGCCACAGCCCCGAGGGCUCCACGGCCGCCUACCACCUGCUGGGGCCCCAGGAGGAGGGCGAGGGGGUGGUGGACGUCAAGGGCCAGGUGAGGAUGGAGGUGCAGGGCGAGGAGGAGAAGAGGGAGGAUGAGGAGGACGAGGAUGUGAGCCACGUGGACGAGGAGGACUGCCUGGGGGCACAGAGGGAGGACCGCCGGGGCGGCGACGGGCAGAUCAACGAGCAGGUGGAGAAGCUGCGGCGGCCGGAAGGCGCCAGCAACGAGCACGAGCGGCACUAGGCCGGGCCUGGAGGCGCCCCAGCGGGGUGGGAGGGGUGGGGCAGGGCAGCGUGAGGCUGCACGAGGGGUUGCUUUUCCUCCCCUGGCAGCGGCCUCGGCCUUGUUCCCGGUCCGGCCGAGGGCCCGGUCUCCUGGGCUGGAGCCCCGUCCAGGUGAAUCUGCGAGUGUCCCAGCUAACCUAACACCGAGCAUGACAAGAGGGGGCUCGCACCUGACGCAGGGCCCUCCAAGGCGGAGGAGCUGCGUGACCAUGUGUCUGCUGCCCUGCCACCUCCCCUGUCCCAUGGCUCCUACUUCGCUUCCUGCCAGGGCCAGGGGCUCUGGCUGUGUCCCCAGGCCCCCAGGGCCUGCCCGCCGGAUGCUGCCCUCCGCCUGCCCCAGCCCCACCGCCGUCACCCUCCCACACCCACGAAGUCGCGCCGCACUUCCUCCUGUCACCUGCCUUCGAGGCUCAGCCACCCCCAUGGUGGAGGAGGCUGUCACUCCCAAGUGGAAGCCAGGCCCCAGGGCCUUCCUGCCUGUCCUUCCCACCCAGAAACACACGUUCAUUUGUGCGAUCAGGUACAGGUUCAGAACAUAAGAUACGACUGUAUAUAAUUGUAAUAAAGAUGAGUUGUCACUAUUUAA